GGAACUCGCUAUAAUCUCUCCCCUGUAAUCCCGUUUUAUUUUCGCACACAAGAAUUUCUCCUCGCAGUUUUUGUACUUAUUCUCGCGCUCAGGCUUCAAAGUUUCCUCCCUGGAAAAAGGAAAACAGCAAAAGAAAAAAAGAAAAAGAAAAAAGAAUGCAAGGAGGCGAAGAGCUUAGCAUCGAAGAACUCGCUUCGAAUCUCGACACUUAUAAGGACCAGCUUCAUCAGGUUCGCAAACUCUUGGUUGACGAUCCUGGGAAUUCUGAAUAUGCAGACAUGGAAAAGGAACUUGCGGAGGUGAUUGCUUUGACGGAGGAACUCUUGUCAACAGCAAAGCAAACUGAGCUUUCUGGAUUGGGUACAGAUGCAGAUGUUUCUCCUGAUCAACGUCAGCCUGAUGAGUCAUCCAUACAUGAGAUGGAAUCGAGCAAACUUUCAGAACCAUAUGAGAGGUUUUCCGUUGGUACAAAGGUUCAAGCUGUCUGGAGUGAAGAUGGGGAGUGGUAUGAUGCAACCAUCGAGGGUCUCACUCCAAAUGGAUAUCAUGUCUCCUACGAUGGAUGGGGGAAUAAGGAGGAGGUGGAUCCUGGAAAUGUAAGGCCAGUCCAAGAGGGAGCGGUCAAUGCAUUGCUGAAAGCUGAAAGAGAAGCUGAAGCUACCAAGCAAGCCAUUAAAAGGAAAAUUGCACAAGCAGCCAGUGCUGAUUUCCAAUCACGAAAUCUACCUGCAAAGCUUCGUAUAGAACCUGAUGACCCUGAGGAUGUGAAAACUGCUAAACGAAAGAAGAUACACGCUUUCAAGUCAAAAAUGCGGUUUGAGCAACUCGAAGUCACACAAAAUAAGCGGCAAAAUGCCUGGCAGCAGUUUCAAUCAGCCAAAGGCAAAACUAAGAAGGUAGGGUUUUUCUCGGGGCGCAAGCGGGAAAGCAUCUUCAAGUCCCCAGAUGAUCCUAAGGGAAAGGUUGGUGUGACUGGGAGUGGGAAGGGAUUGACGGAGUUCCAAAAGAGGGAGAAGUACCUUCAACUCAAGGCGGGAGGGGCUGAAACAGAAGAGUAGAGAUGUUGGGCAUCGCAGCUCUCUCCCCAGCUGCUGUUUCUAUCCCUAUUGCCUGCUGCCAUUUGCCCGAGGUGUAAAUCCUUGACUAACGGACAGUAUGUCGGGCAUGGAAAUCUGGCACCAACCUGCAUGCUUGCAUGAACAUGCAUGCGGUUUAUGUAAUUUUCAUUUGAAUGGAGGCAGGAGACUGCAAAUCUCAGAGAAUGUUAAUGUUCUGAAAAUGCCUAGUUCUCAUGUUUCUACAUAUAGUUAUAUUCGCCUCAGUUCCAUUA